AAACCCAUGGCAGUAUAAGUAGUGUGAAUAAUUUUUAAACAACAUAUCGUGUUUGUUACAUCCUUUGUCCACGACCAGCUAUUAUCUUAGAAUGAACCGUUAAUCAAGUCCAAAGAACAUCACUAUCAAUCGGAGGGCAACUCAGUUUACAAGAUCUCGUCUGCAUGCCGCUUACGUGUCUUAACUUACACGGCUGAAAAUAUCGCAGAGAAAAUAGGCGAAUAAAAUGGCGACAGAUCAACGUUAUGUGAAACUGGGUCAAAGGAUAGUCCCUUUUCCUUCCGAUGUGCUGCAGGUUAUGGACAGUUGUAACCAUCUUUUGGACGAUGUUGGUGCCCUACACCAGGAAAUGACUGACAAAGGGUAUCUGCUGAUCCGGGGGUUUCACGACAGACAGGAAGUGCUCGCGGCAAGAGAGGCUGUGCUGAAGUACAUUGACAGCCUCGGAGGAAAGUUGGACUCUGAUCAUCCUUUCAAUGAUGGCGUACUGAAAGAAGGAUGUGGGUUAGGGUGUUUGCCUGUUAUGGAGGGUCGCAACGAGAUCUCCCACAAAGACUCGGUGUUGCGCGUGCUUGAGGGCACACGACCUUUUGCUUUCUUCAAGAAAUAUUUUAACGAAGACGUGAAGACAUUUGACUACAAGUGGCUAAGGGCCAUGCACCAUGAAGGAUUUACCGGCGCUCAUGUGGACAACGUAUACAUGUCACGUGGUUCUAAAGAUCUGCUGACGAUGUGGACACCCAUUGGUGACGUCAGCAUUGAGAUGGGCGUCUUGGCCGUUUGUGAGGGUUCUAAUAGUCUGCCGAGUUUCUCUCGAAUGCAGUCAACGUAUGGGGAGAUGGACGCUGAACUGAUAGGACUAAAAGGAACCGGCUGGUUAACUGAAGAUCCUUUUGAAAUCACCGAAAAGUUUGGUGGACAGUGGAAGACGACAGAUUUUAGGGCAGGGGAUGUUCUUAUCUUUAACAUGAGAACUGUCCAUAUGUCCACUACCAACACCACACAAUAUGCCCGGCUAAGUUGUGAUACCAGAUGGCAACCAGCAAGCCACCCCUGUGAUCCCAGAUUUAAUGGAGACUUUGAAAAGCCAAAAGGAAAGUUUGGUUUGCUGAGCAAGCUGGACACUGCAACAAUACAGUCCUACACAACCAUAGAGGGGCUGAAAGAAAAGUGGGGGAUUUAAGGGAGUCCUGGCAGCGAUUCAACUACCUUUUCAAUUCCUCUUUGUCUAUAGGACAACUGAAGAAUCUGAUUUAACUGUCACAUUAAAUGGUUUAAAUUAAAUACAGAGUUGUUGUCUCCCCUACUAAUACAACUAUUCAUCUCAUUGGUUGAAACAAGGGAAUUAAAAGUGAUAUCAGUGAUUUGUAGUAAGUCAGAAACAUGAAGUUUUAAAUAUUUUUUGGGCCAGAUUUGGUAUAUUAUUAUAAUUAAGUGACUGAACUUUAUGGGAGUUAACUUAUGGUUUCGUAUUUUAUAUGAGGCAAUUUAAAAAAUAAAGCAC